CGUUACAACAACUUCCUGUUCGGAAGCCGCACGCCGUCGUCGCUGGUCAUGCAUAUGCAUAUAUCGUCUGCUCGAACUCGCUACACUCUCCUGCCGUCGCAAAGAUUUUAAUGUUUAUUUGAAUAUUUCGUUGAUUGUUUAUUAGUAUUAUUACGUCUGUUGAUUAUCAGUUACGAUGGUCUUCUUUUGUGAGUCCGCACAGUGCUGGGCUCAUGAUUCGAAGCGCAAGAACCCUGACAAAUGGGGAUGGAUGAAGGACGUAACUUGGGUGAAAUUUCCCACCGAUGCCAGCACACGAGCGACAUGGCUGCGGUUGAUUCGGCGCAAGGACAAAGUUAAUCUGACAAAAAAAUCGCGACUUUGUUCGAGACAUUUUGAUAGAGACCAGAUUACUCCAGAUGGUCAUGCUAAAGGCUAUCCUAGAUACUUUUUUUGGAACAAUUUCGGUCUCACUGGAGAAGAACGUCCUACCACAGCGAUUGACAAGAUGGACACCGCCAGGGAAGUUUCAGCUCGUAAGCGGCAACAGACCGACUCUGAUAUCGACCCCACCAGUUCGCCGGUUAAAGCAGCCAGCUCUCGCCGGGUCUUUUCUGGGACCCUGCAUCACCCUGCACUAACUACAGACGACAAUGUCAUCGGUACUGUUGGAAGUGAAGUUGAGGUGGAGUCAAGGACAAGGUCAAAGAAGGCCAAACCUUCAAAGUCUUUUCUUGGACAUCAUGGCCAUGUUGGACAUAUGGAUGCUCUUCCCGAAAACUUGCGUCAUUCUGAUCAACAUGACUAUUUGUCUUCAGCGGAAAUGAAACCGAUGGUGCAGGAAGUACAAACUCAAACAGACAUGACAUGUGAGGAUAUUGCUUCUCUUGUGAAAGCAUCAACAAGGAAAUUCAAGAGCAGAGCAGAAGAUACUGUUGACUGCGUUCUCGACAGUGAUGAACGGGUCAACUUUUAUACUGGGCUUGAAUCAAGAACCCUGUUGAAUGGUGUCUGGGAUAGCAUCAGUGAUGGAGUUUCAAAGAUGAAAUACUGGACUGGACCAGAAAGCAUGAAAGAAAAGCAGUACGAGAAGAAAGGUUACAAGAAACCAGGUCAACAACGUCAUCUGGAUCCUUUCUUUGAAUUUGUCAUGACAUUAAUGCGCAUCAGACUAAACCUGCCGCUCCUGUUACUUGCCGACCUUUUCAGCGUGAGUGCUACUUGUGUCACCAAAACAACAAUAACUUGGAUCGCAUACUUACAUCAGACCCUAGUUCCAGCUCUGCUUAUUUGGCCAUCUCAGCUACAAGUGAGGAGUAGGAUGCCAUUUGAAUUCAAGAAGUAUUUUCCAAGAACGCGAGUUGUUAUAGACUGCACAUAAUUCUUCAUUGAUAGACCAGCAAAUAAGAAGGAGCAAUAUCGCACAUACUCUCAAUACAAAAGUCAUAAUACCUAUAAGUGCCUUGUGGGUAUUAAUCCCAAUGGAGCAUUCACUUUUGUGAGUGAUUUUUGGGGUGGAAAUGUCUCGGAUAAAUUUUUGACACAGAACUCUGGUUUACUUGAAAAACUAGAAGAAGGGGAUCAGGUUAUGGCAGACAGAGGAUUUCAUAUUGAAGACCUGCUCUUGCACGUCGGUUCAACCUUGGUAGCACCGCCCUUUACCAGAAAAUGGACCUCAGGAAAGGGAAAACGUCUGAACGUCGAAGAAAUCAAUAGGACCAGACUCAUUGCAAGACUACGUAUCCAUGUUGAGCGAGCGAUUCAACGUAUCAAAACAUUUCGUAUUUUGAAACACCAAAUACCGCACUCUCUCAAGGAUAUGUCUUCAAUGUUAGUUCAGGUUGUCGCUGCAAUUUGCAAUUUGAAAGGUCCCCUAUUUUACAGUCAUGGAGACCCCAAAUCUGGACAAUCAAAACGCAAGAAACCAUUGAAACGUCUUCAUUCGUCUCCCAGGAAGGGAAUUACAGACUGCUAGGACAUAUCAGAACAGUACUCGUCCAUGCUUCAGUCAGAUGGAUGCACAUAAUAUACCUACAAAUUAUGCUACUCUUAUAGAAUUUAUUUAGAGCAAAUCUUCUUGUUUGUAGGGCAUUCAGUUCACACUUGAUAAAAUUCAUGUCUGCUUAAGCUUUACUAGUUUGUCAUACAUGGCAUGCUCCAUAGACAUGUUUUAAUGUGCAUUGACGUGACUUAUUGAACGUGUUAAACAACCAGUGUUUUAUCGUACAUAUUUUACUUGCCUAAUGCCUUUGCUCUAUUUUUUAACGACCCUACAUCGUUGUGUCGUUAUAUGAUAGAGAAUAAUAAUGAACUUAUUGUCAUACUAUUGAAAGCCAAAAGUUGCCAUGCUGGAUGAUGCUGCAUUUUGUUAUGGAGCUUUA